UAGUUCGGUCACCGCGAAAUGGCGACACCAUUUUUAGGAAUAGAAAGUUUGUAAACAAAUUAUGCUCGUAUUCAUAAAUUUGUUUAUUACUGUUAAAUUUAUUGAUAAUUGAUGAAAUCAUUAUUUCUUCAUAGAAAAUGUGUACUCAACAAUUUAUCACAAUUUAAGUAAUUUAAGUAAUCAUACAUUUAGUAUUUGUUUUUUAUAGAAUGACAGUUUACAUAGAAUUACAUUUUAUCAGUAAUACGUGAAAAACAACCUUGUUGACUACAGAUUACUCGCCAAUACUCAGUAUCCGAUAUGUUUAUUUGCAAGUUAGAAUGUCCCUCAGUUUAAUGUUGACAAAUUACAAAUUGAAUUCAAAGGUUAUGAACUAUUGCGUGUGAUGUCAGUAACUGCAAGUAACUGCAAGUAAGAAAUGUGUCACAAUUCAUAACAUGAUGAAACACUGUGGCAGUUUCUACGUUCUCGAUAAAAGAAGAUAAUAAAAAUGAAAUGAAAAAUUGUUGAUAAAUAUUUCUACUUAUACUAGCUGUUCUAUGAAACACAUCAAUUAUAUUGUUUUAUAUCAAAAUUCUCUCUUUAGAGGUUAACUUGCUACAAUUAUAAUUGAAUAAACACUGUGAUGUUUAUUGUAACUUUAACAAUAAUAUUUUCAUUAUUUCUACAACAAACGUUAUUAUAUUGACUUCAUGCCAGUGCUCAAUUGAACAAAGCGAUUACAUUCAAUUAAACUGCAUAGAAUAGAAAAAUGCCUGAUAUUAAAAUCACCCCUUUGGGUGCUGGUCAAGAUGUUGGAAGAAGUUGUAUCCUUGUAUCGAUGGGUGGAAAAAAUAUUAUGUUAGACUGUGGCAUGCACAUGGGAUUCAAUGAUGAAAGAAGAUUUCCAGAUUUUUCAUAUAUAGUCCCAGAAGGUCCUGCAACUAAUUAUAUUGAUUGCGUGAUUAUUUCGCAUUUCCACUUAGAUCACUGUGGUGCUCUACCAUAUUUUACUGAAAUGGUAGGAUACACUGGUCCAAUUUAUAUGACACAUCCAACAAAAGCCAUUGCACCUAUAUUGCUCGAAGACAUGAGAAAGGUUGCUGUAGAACGUAAAGGUGAAAGUAACUUCUUCACAUCACAAAUGAUAAAGGAUUGUAUGAAGAAAGUUAUCGCUGUUACAUUACACCAGUCUGUAAUGGUUGAUCCUGAACUAGAAAUAAAAGCAUAUUAUGCAGGACAUGUGCUUGGAGCUGCAAUGUUUUGGAUUCGUGUUGGCUCACAAUCGAUUGUGUAUACCGGAGAUUACAACAUGACUCCUGAUAGACAUUUAGGCGCUGCAUGGAUUGAUAAAUGCAGACCAGACUUACUAAUAUCAGAAUCAACAUAUGCAACGACUAUUAGAGAUUCUAAAAGAUGUAGGGAAAGAGACUUUCUAAAGAAAGUUCACGAAUGUAUCGAUAGAGGUGGAAAAGUAUUAAUCCCUGUAUUCGCUCUUGGACGCGCUCAAGAACUUUGUAUAUUACUAGAAACAUAUUGGGAACGAAUGAAUUUGAAAGUUCCUGUAUAUUUUGCUUUAGGAUUGACUGAAAAAGCUAACAAUUAUUACAAAAUGUUUAUCACUUGGACUAAUCAAAAAAUUAAGAAAACUUUCGUGCAGCGAAACAUGUUUGAUUUCAAACACAUAAAACCAUUUGAUAAAGCAUAUAUUGAUAAUCCUGGAGCCAUGGUAGUGUUUGCUACUCCAGGAAUGUUGCACGCUGGACUGUCUUUACAAAUUUUUAAAAAAUGGGCACCAAACGAAGCUAACAUGGUUAUUAUGCCUGGAUUCUGUGUUCAAGGUACCGUCGGCCAUAAAGUUCUGAACGGUUCUAGAAGAAUUGAAUUUGAAAAUCGGCAAAUAGUCGAAGUUAAAAUGGCUGUAGAAUAUAUGUCUUUCUCCGCGCACGCAGAUGCAAAAGGUAUUAUGCAAUUGAUACAGUAUUGUGAACCUAAAAAUGUUAUGCUGGUACACGGAGAAUUUGCUAAGAUGGAAUUCUUAAAGGAGAAAAUUAAACAAGAAUUCGGAACCAAUUGUUACAAUCCUGCGAACGGAGAAACUUGCGUUAUCACGACGAUUUCGAAAGUUCCAGUCGAUGCUUCUUUAGCAUUGUUAAAAGCUGAAGCAAAGAGAUAUUCAGCUUUACCACCAGAUCCUAAAAGACGAAGAUUACUUCACAGUGUUUUAAUGUUAAGGGAAGACGGAGCGUGUCUUGUCGAUGCAGACGAGGUAACAAAAGCAGCAGGUAUAAUGAAACAUGUAGUACGAUUUACAUCUACUGUUCAAGUAAGAGAUCCUGGUCCAGCACAAUCGACAACUUUAAAAUUAUUACAACCGCUGAAAGAAAGAUUAUUAGGUUGGACAGUUCAGUUAACAGAUGGAUCGAUAUCUGUUGAGUCCGUUUUAGUGAAGGUAGAAGGCGACGAGGACGAUCAAAAAAGUGUGUACGUUUCGUGGACAAAUCAAGAUGAAGAUUUGGGAAGUUAUAUUCUAGGAUUUUUACAAACAAUGUUGAAUUAAGUAAUGAUGUAAAAACCAAGAAUCUGCAUCAAGAAUCAUAAGAAAAUUAAAUAAUCGACUUAAAGGGGGUAUUGUAGUCUGUCUAUAAAAAAAAAACUAAGACAUUUUUAGAAUUUUAUAGAACGAAAGUUAAAAAAGUGCGAACGAAAAAGCAAUUUUUCUAAAAUAUCAAACUAGAGUAGCCCCUUGAAAAAAUAUUCGUAAUUUGUGAUACUAUGACAGUAAACACAUUGUACUUUUGUAUUAAAAGUAUCUCAUCUACUUUGGAUAGCAUUCGUUACCUUCUAUGUAACGUGUAUAAUGUUCUUGUCUUCAGUUUUUAUAUGUAAUUUUGUAAAUAUUGAUAUUUUGAAAUAGCAAAGUAUUGAUCUUAAUUGAUUUAUGAUAACUACUGUCAAAUUUAUGUAAAAUCUUAUGGAUGAUAGACAGUAUGAACAUUUUAAAUCUCGUUAAAAUAUAGUACAAAGAAACUCAUUAAAAUAUACAAAUUUUUUUAUUUUUCACUAUUAUUAUAAAUAUAUGCAGUUAUUAAUUGGAUUCUAAAUAGAAUCUAGAAGGAAAAUGAUGUAAUUAUAAAUAAGACAUUAUAAUUUUUAUGACUUUUA